ACAAAGAAGAAGAAAAACACCAUCAUUUAGCAUUUAGCCCCUCGCUAGCCGUUAGCCGGAGGGUUAUAGUGAGUUUUCGGUGUGAAGGUGAAGAUGCCGGUGGCGGUGAUGUUGGGAGAACAUUAUGAGAAGCUCCUGGAGCAGUGUGAGACACAGGAGCUGGAGGCUCCGGGUGGCAUCGCAACUCCACAAGUGUAUUCUCAGUUACUGGCGCUCUACCUGCUGCACAACGACAUGAACAAUGCAAGGUAUCUUUGGAAGCGGAUUCCACAAGCAAUCAAAACGGCAAACCCGGAGCUGGCAGCCAUUUGGGCGGUAGGUCAGUGUAUCUGGCAGAGAGACUUCCCAGGCGUCUACAGUGCGAUCGCUGCCCAUCAGUGGUCUGAACCAAUUCUUCCGGUCAUGGAGUCUCUAAGAGAGUCCACCCGCAGGAGGGCAUAUGGCCUUGUAGCCCAAGCGUACACCUCAAUCAGUGCAGAGGACUUUGCCUCCUUCGUUGGAUAUUCUGUAGAAGAAGCUGUAAAGGGUGUUAUCAGUCACGGCUGGCAGGCGGAUCCCAACGCCCGGAUGAUAUUACCACAAAAACCAGAUCCACCCCCUGUCUCUUUGGUUCCAAACGAGCAGCAGCUGGCCAGACUCACUGACUACGUGGCUUUCCUUGAGAACUGAUCCCCCCCCCCUACCCAUAACCCCCCGCCCCACUUUAAUACUCCCACCCCUUUUCCAUCUUCUCUGCUAAACUGUGUGAUUUCAAAGGUCUUAAGUAUGUUCUUCCUGUUUUGGACUGAUAGUGACAUGCAGGAAUCUCCCCGAUGCUAAUCCUACGCUAUGCAUGUGUUUCUUGAAGUUGGAUUUGAUUUUGCAGUUGUUUAACUUUUUCUUUGCCAGCAGAUGCAUGGAAUUAUUUAGCAUAAAGAAUCAAUUUAAGGAUUCCUUAAAAUUUAAACAUUUCCUUUCUUCUCCACAUGUCAUGAAAGAAUCUCUAGACAGUUUCUCCAAUGCUUUGAUGUUUGAGGGAGCCUCUGCUGUGCAUAUUUCACUUAAUGCAUAAAGUUCAUAAUGUGAGUGCACAUUUGAGGAAACGAACCAUGCACGUGUCACGAAUGUGUUCAGUGCUGCAUAGGAUCUAAUAUUUAAUGUAAUUGGCCAGCGCUCCCAGAGCACUCAAAUACCUUAUCAAAACCUUUACUUCCAGUUCUCCUUUACCUGUUCCGUGUAUGUGAUUGUCCUGUUUUUUGUUUUACUCAGUUGACUGUGUUUAAUAAGCACAUAAAAUGAAAAUAAAAUUAACCAACCAAUUUGUCGUUGUAUACUAA